UGUCGGCAGAAGAAGGGGGUGGAUUAUUGGGGCGUAAUGGGCUCGCGAGUCGAGCCAUCCUCCCUUUGCACCAGCCAGAAAUAGGCUGGAUGAGCGACAUCUGGCUUCUUAAAAUUAUGAACCCCCUCCUAUGCAACCUCAGAAGAAUAAAAAAGUUCUCCCCAGUGUCUUUCGAGAGCCAAGCUUUUUGAUUUUACUGGAGUUCAUGCCCAGAAAGACACUGUCCUCCCCACAUCGGACGAAGCUAGACUAGCAUUUAUGGGUCCUGACGAAGGUAACACUCCCGUCAUCCCAAAGGCUGAGGUCAGACUUGGCCUCAUCGCUCUGGGUGUUAUCGCGUUAGCAUCAGCACUAUGCACGCUUGCCCUCAUCAGCUUCAUCGCCUACCGGUCGUGGAAAUGGAACUCUUUCUACGCAACCUCCAUUCGAAGGAAUGUGUUCGUCAUCCUGCUGUGCAACCUGUUCCUGGCGGACUUCUUUCAGUCGAUUGGCUUCCUCUUUAGUUGGUACUGGCUUCGCAAGGAUGGCCUCGAUAGCUAUACCGGGCCUUGCACCGUCCAAGGCCUCUUCAUCAACUUUGGUGAUGUGUCAUCGGCCUUCUUCGUUCUCGCCAUCGCCGGACAGACGUGGUUGCAUCUACGAUUCAAGCGUCAGCUACGAUUCGAUGCCUUCCUUACUAUCGUCGUCGGCAUCUGGAUCUUCGCGUUGAUUCUCACCGUCUUAGGACCCGCGACCACUUCACGAUACUUUGCCGAUACGGGAGCGUGGUGCUGGGUGGACCCUCGUUUCAAAAGUCAAAGGCUGGCUUAUCACUACUUUUGGAUCUUCCUUGUCGAAUUCGGGACAGUUGUUGUAUAUGGCUUCGUAAUCUGGGAGUUGCGUCGAUCCUCAAGCAAACUAAGCGGCCUCCAGAACGAGGCCUCUUUCAGCCUGGAAACCGAGACGCACCGUCGAAUUCAAAAGUCUUGCCUGAUUAUGUGCUGCUACCCGAUCGCAUACAUAACGCUCACUUUGCCCUUGGCCGUGAGCAGGAUGUCUGAAAUCAGAGGCGCAGACACGUCGAUCCAAUUCCUCAUCUUCUGCGGCUGCUUCCUUGUUUCGAGUGGCUGGGUCGACACGGUGUUGUACAUCUUGACGAGAGCGUCGUUCCUGAAAGUUCAAGGUCACACACGAGUACAGGAAGAAAGCAAUCAGCGCAGUCAUCGAACCAAUUCGGCUGUAAUGUUUAAAAACAUUUCAAGGACUUAUCAAGGAUCACCUGCGCAGACAAGAACCGCGAGCAGCCCGAGUCCAACGGACGAACCGGGGCGGGUGAUGUCCCUGUCGAGCUGGAAAUAUGACACGAAGACGUUACCUUACUCGCGAACAGAAGAGACGUUUUCAACACUUGAUAACGAGCGACUCAUUCAGGCUACGAGUACGCUGAAUCCGUGAUCCAAAAGAAAUGCAUGGCGUCAAGUGAAGUGCGGACUGUUCUUUGGAUAUGGGUUUUCACUUCCAAGGUGUUUUUUUUUAAACGGCGAGCAUGGUGUUUCAGAGAAGAACGAAACGCACGAUCGACCGCGGAUUCCCAAUGUCAAAUUGUCCUACGUUGCUGCCUUGUCAUCGAAGGGAACGGCAAAGAAAGUACAACUUCCAACCACAUACGGAAGAGCAUCGGGUACGGACAUGGACUCGAUGUCUACUGCCGUUGAGUUCAGCCGAAAGGGCCAUUCGAACGGAUAAGGGAAAUCGAAAGCUUUCAGCGAAGGGAAAAAUACCGGAAGCAGGGUAAUAACCGUUCAUCGGCUGGCGGUCGCCAACCGUUUCACCCUCGUAUGUGUAAUGCUAUUGUAGAACCCAAUAAGGAGAACAGAAUAUCUGCAUUUCGACAAUGAAUUCAAUUGGACAUCACGGCGAAUUGCGCAUUGUCACGGCCGAAGAUCGCAGUUUUGAGCCAGGCGGCUUACUAUGCAAGAUGGUCAUGGUG